AUGGCCUCGCCGUACGCCCUGCCGUCGUCUGCGCUCCCGCACGCGCACCAACACCACAUCCACGGCCACUCGCAUUCGCACUCCCACUCCCACUCGCAGUCGUCGCUGACGGCCUGGCGCUCCUCCAUGUCGCGCGAGUCUUUACCCACGCACGUCGACGAGGACGCCCGCGACCACGACCACCGGGGCCACUCCCACUCCCGUCACCACUCGCACAACCGCGCCGGCUCGCACGCGUCCAACUCGAGCGCCUCGCUGCUGAGGGACAAGGCUCCGCCGGCCGCGUUGGACACGCUCGCCGGGUGGACGCAGGAAACGACGGCCAGCGGCAAGAGCAUCGUGACGCCCGCCGCCGUCGACGCCCUGACGAAGCCAUACUCGCCGCCGACCAAGGAGCACAGUCACCGACACAGCCAUCAUGGCCACGGCCACGGGCACAGCUCAGACCACGACCACCAUCACGACCAUGGCUCACAUCACGGCCAUGUGCACGCGCACGCGCAUUCGCAUUCGGACGAAAAAGCCGAGCGGUCACUCUUUACGCGGACGAUACUGCCGUACACCGCGCGAUUCCCCAUUCUCCACGCUAUCCUGGUCGAAAAGGAUUCGAGAAGGAUAUUCUACUUCAUGACCCUCAAUUUCUGCUUCAUGACAGUGCAGGCGUUUUAUGGCUACGUGACCGACUCCCUUGGCCUGCUCAGCGACAGUAUACACAUGUUCUUCGAUUGCGUGGCGCUCCUUGUUGGACUGUUGGCGGCCGUCAUGAGCAAAUGGCCCCCGAGCCAAAAGUUCCCCUACGGCUUCGGCAAGAUUGAGACGCUGAGUGGCUUCGCCAACGGCAUUCUGCUGAUGCUCCUGAGCGUCGAGAUUGCAUUUGAGGCAUUUGAGCGGCUGUGGGAGGGCACCAAGACCAAGCGGCUUGGCGAGCUGUUCAUCGUCAGCAGCAUGGGGCUGGCAGUCAACUUGGUCGGCAUGAUGGCAUUUGGGCAUCACCAUCAUGGACACGACCACGGCCACUCGCAUGGCCACUCGCACGACCACGAUCACGAUCACGGCCAUGACCAUGGUCACUCUCAUACACAUGAUGACCAUGGGCACGGCCAUCAGGGGUGCAGCUCGCACGACAACGAAAACAUGCACGGCAUCUACCUGCAUGUGCUCGCAGAUACGCUGGGCAGCGUAUCGGUCAUUGUGUCGACGAUCCUGACGAGCAUAUGGGGUUGGUCAGGAUGGGACCCGUUGGCGUCCUGUCUGAUUGCGGCGCUCAUCUUCCUGUCAUCGAAGCCUCUGGUCGUGUCGUGCGCGAAGCGGCUGCUGCUGAGCGUGCCCGAGGACACAGAGUACACGAUGCGCAACACACUAGGCGGCAUCUUGCAGCAGCGCGGAGUAGUCAGCUACACGGCGCCCAAGCUGUGGCUGGACGACCGGACGGGCAGCCGUGGCGGGAGUCGGUUGGUGGGUGUGGUUCACGUCGCCGUGGCCCGCGGCGUGGGCAUGGACGAGGCCAGAGAGCGCGUGCGGGAGUACCUGCUGCGGGAGGGCAUCGACGCAACGGUGCAGGUGGAGCGGGAGGGCGACAACGGCUGCUGGUGCGCGAGGGGACGAACGCCGGCGACACCAGCGACGCCGAAGCCGUUUUGA